CGCAAGCUAUCUGCUUGACUAUUAGCUGCUUGUUUGAUCAGCGACAGUGGUUACACGCGUACUACCAGCUUUAUUUACAAAACGCACUCCCUGCUCUUUAAACAAAACCUGUUUGGCAAUAAAAGCUUCCACUUUCAAUUGGAAUGAGGUAAGACAUGCGAUCUUUUAAAUCUCAGCGAACACAUUUGAGCGAAAAGGCAAGGCGAACGGUUGGACUUCGCAAAAUUGAGCGGCGCAAAAAAAUAAAUCAAUUGCAAUCAAAAAGCAAAAUUAUUAUACAACAAAGCUUAAUAAAGGAAAAAGAAAAAAAUCCAAAAGAUAAUACCAAGAAAUAAGUUACAUAUUCCAGCGACAAGUAAAGGCACGAGAAAUAACGAAAAAAGAAAACGAAAAUAAAAAUAAAAUCACAAAAAAAAAAUAAUAAUAAUUGCAAAACUGGAAUUUUGAAUUAUAAAAUGUCUAGAUAAAAUUUAUUUAAAUUGCAAAUUGUGGACAGUGAGUGGCAACUGCUAAACGUACAAAAAAAAAUAAAAACGAAAAACAUUGGUUUUAUUUUUUUAAUUUGUGUUUGAGAAAAAUUAAAAUAAAAAAAUUAAUCGGUGAAUUAUGCGUGCAAAGUUAAGUGGCAUAAUUACGUUACAAAGCUGCGAUAACAAUACAAAAACAAAAAUUUAAUAAUACAAACAAAAACCCAGCCGAGGAGGGGAAGAAAGAAACUAAGAAAUCCAACUGUUGGCGCUGUGUUGCGCGAGCCAGUGUGCGUGUGCGUGUGCCUCUGUCUGCUGCGUGUGCCAUUAUUACGUUCGCGCCCAAGUAAGCUAUCAUUGCAACAACAAAAACAACAGUAAUGAAAAUUACACCAAUAAUGCGAUUAACUAUGUAGAGCGAGUUGCGCAAGUGCUAAUUGCGGGUAAAAAAUGGAAAGAAGAGCGAAAACGAAAGAGAUAAAAGUAAAUAAGUAGCAUACGAAAAUCAGCAAAGCCAUAAACAAAAAGGAAGCCAUAAAGAAAAGUACCAAAAUAAAAAAUCGCAAACAAAGAAAUCGGCACAAAAUAAAAAAAUUAUUCAUAAUUUGAGACGAAGGACGAAGGAAGCAAUACUUCUCACGCACACUGCCGUCUACUAGCCAGCGCAAGUAGUAUCCGACGCAUGCGCCUAGUCACAUACAAAUCAGCCAAAAGCAGAUCUCCGCCAAGCAGCAACAACAAAUGCAUUGCGUAUUGGAUAGAUUUAACGGACGACGCCAACAAAAAUAUACUUUCUUGUUACACCAUUUGACACCCAUUACAUAAUCUUUACUAACCGUCAACGUCCUUGCCUGCGUCGUCUGCCUAUCUACAAGCUGUACAUAUACAUAAGUAACAACACUCCACCUUAAAACAAAACAAACAAAAAAAAAACACCGCCAAAGCAAUUUAAGGCAUACGAAAUUUAAUAAAGCGAACAUAGAAAAGAUAGGCGUGGAAGAAAAGCAUAGCCAGAGGCAUUAGGAACUGAUACCAAAUCAAGGAUUCUACUUCCAGAUAAAGCAAAAAUUUAAGGCGAGCGUGUGGUGGAUGGAAAACGAGAAAAUGUCGUCGUUCUAUUCGAGUUCAACUAAGUUAGCUCAAGCAAAUUGCUUCUCUUCACCUAAAACUCUGCCGCAGUUGCAGCUGACAACUGUGACAAACCCAUCAACGCCGAUGCAAUCCUCUGCGCACCUGUUGCCUUCACUUAAGGUGGAACAAGCAAUUUCCGCAAACACAUUUCUCGAGCCAUCUCCCUCGUCGUCUGCGUCAUCUUCCUUCGGCGAUCCUUUUGCCGCCUACGCCAACAAUUUCGAUCUAUCACUACUACCUCAAGAUUGCGUUUCAACAACUGGCCAUAUACCCACCAUUGUAUAUCAAUUUGCUUGUAGUACGCCAACGACACCGACAUCGCCACCAACAACAACAACAACAUCAACAACAGCGCCACCUGCGCCGACCAACUCCUUAUUAACGCCGCCCCAAAUAAAAAUCGAGCAAGGUUGGUCAUUCGGUUCCUCUAUCUCCCUGCCGGAGGAGAUCAAACGGGAGCCACAACAACAACAGCAACAACAACAACAACAACCGAUGCUAAAUUCACCCAAUCAGCUAAUACCACCACCUCCAUAUCCACACAUUUAUCCGUCACCUCAAUCGAGCCCCGCUCAGUCGGAAUACGGUUUUCCACAAGCACAGUUUGCCAGCUGCUACGAGUCGUUAAGCUCAUCGCGUUCAUCGCUGCAGCCCGCUUCGCCGUAUCCUUCGUUAGAUGCCUGCAAUAUUAAACAAGAAUUGCAUAUUCUGCCACCAUCGCCGCCAGAGUCCAAUUGCGAAGCACCAUCACCGCAUUCUUCGUGGGUCGAUAUCAAAUCGGAGCCCAUCGAUGCUGAUGUUGAGACCUUGAUUGACUUGAAUAUGUUGCUCGAUAAAAAGGAAUUCACUAGCGUAGCUUGCAACGAUUACAAGCACAGCAACAACGCGUGCGCAAUGAAACAAUCGGUAAUGUCUGUGGAGCACCAAAAGCAGCAGCAGCAGCAACAACAAAACAAUCAGCAAAGUCAAGAUCAACAAAUGCUCCGCGAGUUCUUUGAAGAUAACCGAUUUCGAAUGGGUUUUGGCAGCAUGGACGAAGUUAGCGGCAAUAUCGAACAAGUUAUAUCAAUGGCUCUAGAGGAUACGAAGAGCCAGGCAGUGGAGACCUGUGCCAAACUGCAGAUAUCUAAAGAUCCCUGCGACUGGUCGGUAUCUCAAGUACAUUCUUGGCUACGUUCUACAGUGGCACAAUUCAAAUUGCCCGAAAUCGUGAACUUGGAGCAGAAAUUUUCAGAAAAUGGUGCAGCAUUAAUUUUGCUCAGCGAGGAUGAAUUCAAGCAAAGAGUGCCAGAGAGCGGCUCCGACUUGUAUGCUCAACUGGAGGUAUGGCGCUACCAUUUUAGCAGCAAUGCACCAGAGGACAGCGAUGAUGAUGAGGAAAUGUUGCCAACUACCAGCGCCUUGGCUGUUGCAAAACCAGCUGAAACUAAACGCACCGGUCGCAGCGGUGGCUCACACAUACAUCUAUGGCAAUUCCUGAAGGAACUAUUAGCCGAGCCACAUACACAUGGCACAGCCAUACGUUGGAUUGAUCGCAAUCGUGGCAUAUUUAAAAUCGAAGACUCCGUGCGGGUGGCGAAGUUAUGGGGCGGGCGUAAAAAUCGUCCGGCUAUGAAUUAUGACAAAUUGUCGCGCUCAAUAAGACAAUACUACAAGAAGGGUAUCAUGAAGAAGACGGAACGUUCACAGCGUUUGGUUUAUCAAUUUUGUCAUCCAUAUCAGUUGUAAGGAGCGAAGAGCGUGAGGUAGGUGAUGUUAAAGAGUGGUGGAGCGCCAGUGGAAGUUGGCGAUUCAAAGGGCAAAUGAGCGCAAAAAUGAGAGCCAUAUCAAAUGGCUUUAUUUGAAAAAUCGCUAAUUUAUUGCUAUUUAUUUAUUUAUUUAUUUAUUUAUUUAUUUAUUUAUUGACUUAUGGUAUAUAUGUAUAGUAUGCAGACAUAUUUAUUAUGAAGAUUUUUUUAUCCGCGGAAAUUGAGGAACUCAAUUAUUUAUUUAUUUAUUAAAUUAUUUAUUUAUUGUUAAUUAAGAAAGUGCCUACAAAUACUUCAUAAAUCUGGAUAAAUUACGUAAUUGUGUUAGGUUUUGUAUGAGAGUUGUCAGCAAUGCAGUUUAAUCGGGCCAUUCUAUUGCAUCGAUAUUCUGGCGCAACAAAAACGCUGCAAUAAUAAUAUAAAGCUUCGAAAGCACCAUUGCGUGUGGUGAAAAGCUUUUUGCGACAAAAUGUUAAUUGUUUUGAGUAAUUUUUUUUCCUUGCAAAAGGUGCAACAACUAACAAAUUUCGCGUUGAAUGCAUAAAUGGUUCUCUUAAUCGAAUAUUUACAUUUAAUGCCCUUACGAUUUUUGAAUCUCAGAAAUGUCCAGUGACAAAUUGUUAACUUCACACAAAUCAAAAGUGAUCAACGAAUUAAAGAAGUGUUUUUUUAUAUUUUUAUACACAAUUAUUAUUGCUUUUUAUCGCUUUUGAGCAUAUAUAACAAUACAAUUUUAAAAGUAAAUCGAAUUACUGGUAUAUACAGCGAGUGUGAGCUUCAGAGAGAGCGUUUACUCUAUUCGGGUCCAUAUAAAAUCCAUUGAAAGCUUUACAAAACUGCUCCCGUGGGAUAUGUUUUGGUCAUAGCUGAUAUAGAGCACAAGUCUAAUGCCGAGUUUCCACUGGACAUUAAAAUGGCAAAAAUUAAAUAAAAUGUUUACCAUUCAAAUAAGGUCUUUAUUUUUAAUGUAAUGAUACACACUUUUUUCUCACAAAACUUCUUUCAUAGAGAAAAACUCUUUUAAUAUAUUAUUUUGCACGCCCUACCCCUACAAUUACCCGUACUUUUGAAUUAAUUGCUUUACUUUUUGAUUAAAUUUUUUUUUAUAAUUAAUUUCUUUAAAAAAAAUA